GGGCCGCCGCCCCGCCCCGCCCCGCGCCUGUCGGGGCCCAGGUGCGGGAGCCCAGGUGCGCACGGUGCCGGCUGCAGCUUCGCUCGACACCCGACAGCGGGCGCCGCUGCGGCAGCUCCCGAGCGGCGGAGCUGAGCACCUUCGCGACUUGGGGCAGCUCCUGCGCUCGGCCUUGCUCGGCGGCGAGAGCUUCUCCCGGGCGCCGGAUUCCCGAAGCUGCGGGAGCAGGCGGGCGGGCGCCGAGGGGGCGGACCGAGCUCUACGGACCCCGCCGGCCUGGGGCGACAGAGGCGGGCGAGCGGGGAGCGCCCAGGAGCGCGGAGAGCGGGGCCAUCCCCCAGCGCGCUGGAGACACCCGACCGACCUGCGCCCUUGACACCAUGCGACCCACCGCGCCUCCGCGCCGGCCUCGGGCUUCGCGGUCCGCUCGCUGAGACCCCGCGCUCUCCACCGCGGAAACUCGGGAAGACCAGGCGAGACGUUGGAGAGCCGCGCGGAGACUAACCCAGGCGUCCCCUCCGCCCCCAAGAAGCUGCCGGCCCCUUGAUCCCUGGACUCCUCUAGCUUUACCAUGAACCUGGCGCAAGCUUGUCUUUAGGAGAAAUUCAGAAACCGGAGGGGGAGUCAACGCAAUUCUUUGGUUGCUAAGUGUGAGUGAAGACACCCAGGAUGGCUCAGGGAUCCGGGGAUCAAAGAACAGUGGGGACUGCAGACCCAGAGGAGAGUUCUCCAAAUAUGAUAGUCUACCGCAAAAUUGAAGACAUCAUUACAAAGAUGCAAGAUGACAAGACAGGUGGUGUGCCUAUCAGAACAGUCAAGAGCUUUCUCUCCAAGAUCCCCAGUGUUGUCACAGGUACUGACAUUGUGCAGUGGCUUAUGAAGAACCUCUCCAUUGAGGACCCAGUUGAAGCAAUACACUUGGGAAGCCUCGUGGCUGCCCAGGGCUACGUCUUCCCAAUCUCGGACCACGUUCUCACCAUGAAGGACGAUGGCACCUUUUAUCGUUUCCAGGCCCCAUACUUCUGGCCUUCGAACUGCUGGGAGCCUGAAAACACUGACUACGCCAUCUACCUCUGUAAGAGGACAAUGCAGAAUAAAGCAAGGCUGGAACUGGCGGAUUAUGAAGCAGAAAACUUAGCAAGACUCCAGAGGGCCUUUGCAAGGAAGUGGGAAUUCAUCUUUAUGCAAGCAGAAGCACAAGUAAAGAUUGAUCGGAAAAAGGACAAGACGGAGAGGAAAAUUUUGGAUAGUCAAGAACGAGCCUUUUGGGACGUCCACAGGCCAGUGCCAGGCUGUGUGAACACAACAGAAAUGGAUAUCAGAAAAUGUCGACGUUUGAAGAACCCGCAAAAGGUUAAAAAGUCAGUGUACGGCGUGACUGAAGAAUCCCAGUCGCAAAGCCCAGUGCACGUCCCCAGUCAGCCAAUCAGGAAAACUACAAAAGAGGACAUCCGGAAACAGAUAUCAUUUUUGAAUGCACAGAUUGACAGGCAUCGUUUAAAAAUGUCCAAAGUGGCUGAAAGCUUAAUUGCUUACACAGAACAGUAUGUGGAAUAUGACCCUUUGGUCACGCCAGCUGAGCCGUCCAAUCCCUGGAUCAGUGACGAUAUUGCUUUAUGGGACAUAGAGAUGAGCAAAGAGCCCAGCCAGCACCGAGUAAAGAGAUGGGGCUUCUCUUUCGACGAGAUAUUGAAGGACCAGGUGGGGCGGGACCAGUUUCUACGAUUUCUGGAGUCGGAAUUCAGUUCCGAAAACCUCAGGUUCUGGUUGGCUGUCCAAGAUCUCAAGAAACAACCCCUACAAGAUGUGGCCAAGAGGGUGGAAGAAAUCUGGCAAGAGUUUCUGGCCCCCGGAGCCCCAAGUGCAAUCAAUCUGGAUUCUCACAGCUACGAGAUAACCAGUCAAAACGUCAAAGAUGGAGGGAGAUACACAUUCGAAGAUGCCCAGGAGCACAUCUACAAGCUGAUGAAGAGCGACAGCUACGCCCGCUUCCUCCGGUCAAAUGCUUACCAGGACUUGCUGCUCGCCAGGAAGAAGCCAGAAAGUGAGCAAGGUCGUAGAACUUCCUUAGAAAAGUUCACUCGCAGUGUGUGCUGUUGGCGCAGAGUCAGAAUGGCCGCUGCAUUUCACCCCCGAGGUGGCUUCCUUCCAGCAGUGGGGAAAGUCGCUGGCGGGCAAGCGCCUCACCGGCCUGAUGCAGUCCUCCUGACAGUGCCCCCCGCAGGGCCCGGGCCCGAGAACCACGCGGGCAGCCGGCCGCGCUCCACAUCUGCAGACAGAGCUUCCCUGCGGGGAGAUUUGGUCACUGUGAAAGAGAAAGAGUGAGGGCCGUGAUGGGCGACGGUGGGGAGACGCGGUGGGUGAUCCAGAGGGAGGCCAGAAGGCGAGUCCACGGCGCCUGGGGUCAGCCAGGUAGAGGCCCCUGUUUACAACCCUCUCUUCCUUGUAUAGUCGUGUGCCGACACUCCGCUCUCUAGGGGGUCCUGGCCCCUAACACGUUCAGGGCAGAGCACCCGGUGGGACUCCCGUUGUGACUGUCAGCUGAGGUUAGACUCUGGCUGUCAUCACUCCUCCCGCCGUCCGGGGAUCACGCCUUCCAGCAAACUCAAGAGGACCCCUGGCCCUGAGCACAUCCAGUAUUACACCCCACCGCCUCUCUGGUGCACCCACGGCACCCCCCUUGUUACACCACUGUGUCCCGACCACCUCCCGCCUCCCGCCUCCCCCAUCUCUGCGGCCGCUGCGUGCAAGGACCCGGGGCCAGGCUGCCCUCACGCCACGCGCCCCAAUCACAUCAUCAGCACUGAGCCAUCUCCUGCACUGCAGCACCUCAAGUUCUUCCAACCCCCUCGGAGGCCACCUUUCAAGGAGGUCUCCACAGGCGUUGGCGGCUGCCCUCUAAUCCUUCCACACGUCUCGAGGGUCCAACACCAGAGGAAGCACCGGUGUUGAUGAAAGAGCUUGUGGUUUAACACCGUGAAGGUUCUGACCAUCUUUUACAUUUUUUAUUAUUUCGUAAUUUAUUCUGCCGUGGCCCCUUGCUCCUUGGUGUGUCCCCGCGUGUCUUACUCAAAAUAAACGCAGCGGUGAACUCGGGGGCCAUUGGGAUCCUCCCCUCCGGCAGCUCCAGGUGGGAGCUGGGAGGGUCCCAGAUGGAGGGGCUGGGCCCCAGGCUGGCAGUCCCAGGCGUGGCUGGGCCCCUGCGGCCAGGUCUCAGUUGUGUCUGAAGCUGGGGCGGAAUCUGUGCCCAGAGCGAGGCCAGGGCCCAGUGGUCCUCUGACGGCCCAGCAAAGGCUUUGCCCUCCACAAUGCCAAUCAUCACAGGGCAACGCCAGCACAGAGCUCAACCUGCAAAUGACCAUCCGCCCACCUGGCUGUGAGGGAGUGAUACGGGGCACCGAGUCGGGUGCCUGGCGCGUAGUAGGUGUUUUGCAAAUGGUAGCUGUUAGGCUCAUUGUUAUCGCUGUCAUCGUUGUGACUCCCACGAGCCAUCCGAGAGGCGGUAUAAGCAACGUGCUUUUGAAUUCAGACACUCACCCCCGCCUCCACACCUGCUAUGACCAUCCUCCUUUGAUCUAUUCUGGCCGGAGGUGAAAAGUCUCCCCUGGGAGUGUAUAAACAGCAAACACAGAAGCAAAGCAGCAAUCAGUAUUUCUUUACUUGUGUGGGCAACUUCACCCGCUGGUGAGGCUCACAAGCUUGUUUGCAGACGCUGAUUCCUGGGCGCUCCCCCAGGACCAUCUUUCCAAGCCCACCUUCGUGCCCUGUCCCCGGGGCACCAGCUUCCAUCCCUCCCAGCGGGGCCACCGAGGGCAUGAGGAGUCGUGAUUACAGUUGCACCGUGGUGGGUUCCUGACCCCUGCGCCUCAGUUUCCCCCAUGGCAGUGUUUGCUCUCCCUUCUCGGUACAGUGGAAAUUAGAGACAUUAUGCUGAGUCCUCGGAGUGCCUCCAAAGGGGGGGCUGUAGACCCAGAUUCUGGGCAGACACUCCCUCCCCCUCAUGCCACACAACCUGGGCUCAGAACCUGGCACCUGGCAGGCGGCCACUGCUUGAUGAGUAAAUGAGUUUGGUGAAGCCCGCUCCCAUAGUGUGGGGUCUUCUGACCCCUCCUCUUCUCGUCCCAUCCUUUUUUUGUCCCCUUGCUUUUCACACAGACAUCUUGUUUCAGAACAAAAUUCCCGAUCGUGUUCCUCUGCACCCAGCAUUGCCCAGAGGAAGCUAUUCCCUGCCGAGGUGCCCAGGCUAUGCUGACACUGACACACAGGGUAGGUGGGCAAAGGCAGUUCUAGAACAGCAGGUGCCUCUGUGCCCUCAGUUAUCGAGAGCAAGGGGCUGGCUGCCUCCUGUCCUUCCUUGUGACUGCAGCCGGGGCAGGGGUAGUCUCCCUGGCCAGGACUUCUGUGUCCCCCUGGCUGCAGCUCCUGAGGCUUGACCCACCUUGGAGGUCCCCAGAAGGCCCACUCAGAGCCAGAUGGACUGCAGCCCUGAGAUGGAGCAGGAUGAAGGCUUCCAGACACCUCUGGGGACAUCCAGCCGGCUCGACAGACAUAAGGGCGCUUCAAAUGGAUUCAAACCCAGAGCAAUAACCCGCCUUGUCCCGCCUCCCAACUAAGGCGUGUUCGGUCUUGUGACUGCCACCACGUACCCCCCAGCAGAUCACACCCAGAAAUGGGGGGUAGAACAGGAUUGCUCCACCCAAGCGGGCUAGUCCAAGGUCAGUCUACCAUGCAGACCUUAGAAUGCAAGUACAUUUGGAAAAUCUGGUCUCGGCCAGUUCCCCAUUGGCCUGGUGGACACAGCCAAAAAUUCAGACCAGAUUAGACUUUCGAAGGCAAUUCUGUAGCGAAAUAAACUGCUUUUUUGCCCUGUCCUGCCUUAGCUCCCCUGACUGGGCAUGGUCUCUGGGUCUGGGAUUCUUCCCAAUAAGGAUGCACAGGGCAAAUACCAUGUUGGCAGCCCCCCAGCCAAAGCAUCAGGGCAGUCUCAGAAGUGACCACCCACCCAUCAGGGCAGACACAGGCACCAGGCAUUGGGCAUCUGACCGCCAUAGACUUUGCCUACAUGGGAAGAGUAAGGCUUGUAGGUUGGCACAUGUGAGUGCCCAGCAGCAGCCAGAGAGCCUGGCCAGAGCAGCAGGGGCUCUCUGGGCGGGAGAGAGGGCUCCUGCCCUUCCAGGAAGGAACACUCUGGGUUGCUGUGCCCCAGGAAUGCAGCAGGGUCUAGCCCACCGGUGCAGUCAGCUGCGUCGUGCUCCAGACCAGCCCCUGCCCAGGGGUCAGGUACAGGCCAGCACCCAGGAGGGACCUCUCACCACCCUGAGUCGCUUCUUAGACCAGUGAACACAUGGAGACGUGCUCCAGGGGCUUUCCCUGUAGUAGGGUCCCUGUUGUGUUCAAACUACCUCACCAGCAGGGCAUGAAGCAGCAGCCUGCCACCCAUCCAGCUCCUUGGCUAGUUGUAGAAGUUGAUGUUUUUCUAAAAAUGCACCCCUCGCAUUAUGCUCCAAGUGCAUGGGCUUCAAAAACCGCCACUAGCAAGCUUUCCCAGCAGCUGGAAAGAGUUGAGGGCUGUUGGUCUUUGGGCCUUGCAGAACAUAGUGAAGGGAGGUGUUCCAGCAAAGUCCAGGAGCUGGAAGGUCCUGAGGGGGAAGAUGACAUGCCACCAGCCUCCAAAAGGGCCGUCUGAGCUGAGUACGUAGCAAGGACCGUGUGUGGCACAGUCAAAAAGUGGCCAAAUGGAUCCCGAGAACUCACCUCAGGACCCUCUGAAGAGAGGUCUGUGUUCGUGUAACCAUGGCAAUGGCAGAUGCCAGCAGCCUACUCCUUAGCACCACCCGCUGAUAAGGCAUCCCCUGGGCGCAGCCCAGGGGCCAUAAAGUAGCAAAGUAGCAAAUGUAGCAAUAAGGGGCCCAGGGCUGUAAAGGGACAGGGUCCUCAUGGCCGGGCCUCAGCCCUCUCCCCCGUCCCAGAUGAGGGCUCAGAGCCAGAGGCUGUCAGCUGUCCGAGGAGGGAGGCCCUGCGCCGCGCCAAGGGCUCCGGGUCUGUAUUCUGUGCCCACUCGACGCAUGAUCACAGACACGUCGGAAUGGCCUUCACAUAGUGCAUGUGGUUCUCGUUAGUUUAUUUUUCUGGAAUUUGGGGAUUGGACUCCAGAACCAAACAUGCUGGUACCAUCUAAAAAUAAAUGACUUGAACCCACUAUA